AUGCCACCUAAACGAACCCGACGUACAUCUCCAGGAGCAUCCGGCUUGAAUGCAGGCGAGAAGUUCAAGCGCGCCAAGACCGCAACAAACAAGACUUUCUCUACGUGGGGCUGGGUGGGCACCGAAGCGUCGAGCGCAUCCGAGAUUACUUGGGACCAGCGUUUGGCCACAUGUGGUUUCUCAGAGCGAAGCGUAAAACACAUUUGCAUGAAUCGGUAUGCUACAGAGACAUUGGCAAAAGAGAGAGAGAACUGCAAGAGCGAAACCGUGUCAGGAGAGCUAGAGGACGAUGUGAUCGUCAUAUCGGACGACGAGACUCUCUCGUGUAGCAAUAAAAGUUGCAAAACCAAUCCUUACUGCUUGAACUAUAUUGGACAGGAGAAAUGGGAGGACGAAGACAAAGCGCGCGAAGCAUUUCUGAAGGGAGCAAAUCUUGGGGAGGAUCCGUCCUGUCACUCGAGGGAGCCUGACCAUCCCGUUGGGUUGAAAAACCUAGGCGCAACAUGUUAUGCAAAUGCAUAUCUUCAAGUGUGGUUUCAGGACCUUCCUUUCCGAACUGGAGUUUUCAGCUGUCAACUACCAAAUGUCGAGCGAACGAAGCUCGAGGACUCCCCAAUAUUUCAGCUACAAGUGACAUUCUCUGCGAUGCAGGAAAGCAAUCAAAACAUGUUCAAUCCUAUCAAGCUGGUCGAGAGCUUGAAGCUGAGGACUACAGAGCAGCAGGACGCCCAGGAAUUCUCAAAGCUGUUCAUGGCCCAUCUCGAUACGGAAUUUCAGAAGCAGCCGGACCCUGUGCUGAAGACCCUGAUUCCUGACCAGUUUCAAGGCAAACAGAUAUAUGGCACGAUUUGUGAACGCUGCCACCAUCGCUCGGAACGGACGGCAGACUUCUUAGAAGUUGAACUCACGAUCAAGAACAAUGCCACCCUGGAGGAUCGCAUUGCGACUAUGCUAGAGCCAGAGACAUUGUCAGGCGACAACAAGUACUUCUGUCCUCAAUGUGAUAGCCUGCAGGAUGCCAAGAGAUACACGGAGUUGCGGGAAUUGCCACCUGUUUUACACUUUUCGCUUCUCCGAUUUGUCUAUGAUCUUUCAUCCAUGGAGCGCAAGAAGAGCAAACAUAACAUAUCCUUUCCGACUACGAUUGACAUGGACCGAUUUCUUGGUUCGCCAGAAUCACGCAAGACUAGUCGGAGGAAAUCCGCUGCAAGUGGGGGCGACCUCUACGAGCUGCGGGGAGUCCUAUUUCACAAGGGGUCCAGUGCUUAUCACGGCCACUACGAAGCUCAGGUUUUCGAUGUUAGGAAUCAGUCGUGGUAUCAGUUCAAUGACGAGGUUGUCACCAGCACCGAUGCUCUGACACCCAAGCCGCGAGCGAACGGAAGUGGACAAGAUGACGCGAGGGCCGGCUCAGAAAACAAAAGCAAGACGAAUGGCCGAACACAGGGGCAGCAAAAGCAGAUCAGGAAGCGGAGAGCAGAAGACAGUGACAGCGAGAUCGAAAUCCUGGGACAGUCGCCCUCUUCGGGUUCUAUGUACAACCAAGCACCCGACGUCUCUCAGUACAUCUCAUCUAAGGAUGCCUACAUGUUGGUAUAUUCUCGUGUGGAUGCACGGAGUCUCGCAACUGCUCAAAAUGAGAGCUCCACGUCAAAGCAGAAGUCCACGACUAAUGGUCUCCAGAAGCCAAUACCUUAUACCCCGACGCCUCCUUCUCCAGCUUUGGACGUAGUCAAAACGCUAAAUAUUUCUCACAUGGAGGCCUGCGAAGCUUACGAAACGAAACAAAAGCAGGCCAUAGCUCGUUUUACGAAGAUCAGGAACAUGGUCAUGGAUGUUUACAGAACGUGGAACGUCGGCGCCCACGAUAAGGAUGCCGUCGUAGUCAGCCGUCAAGCACUGGAAUUAUGGCUAUCGCGCCAUCUCGCGAAGCCAGGAAGCGAGAUUACAUUAGCAUUAAGAGAACCAUCAAAUGGUAUGGAGGGGCACAAGGCGCCUGACAUGGGUGAGUCCCCAGAUCAGAUGAGGAUCAUGAUGAACGAGAUCCUCUGUGAUCACGGACUGCUCCAUCCAGACAGGGCCGGCGACAUGAAACUCAUCACCAAAGCAGUUCGCCAGCGCAUCGCGUGUGAAGAUCUUUGCGAGCUGUUGCCAGUGUUGACAUGUGGUGACGUUUGCGAGGAAUGCGUGCGGAAUGAAUUCCAAGAACGGCUGUAUCAGAUUGAACAUCCACGCAUGGUCAGCCGCUUUGACGAAGUUUGUUUCAUAGAAAACGAUGAACCCGGAUUCUGGAUAUCUAAAGCGUGGCUGAAAGACUGGAGACUCAUGAAACCGAAAAUGCAUGUAGCUUCCAGGCAAGAUCCCUCUCCGGAUGGUCCCGAAUACGUGCAGCACGUCAAAUGCGAGCAUGGUGGUCUAUCUGCAAAUAUCACAGCUCGGAGGCGGAUCUCGUUAAAAGCUUAUGAUGUUUUGCGAGAGUUGUUUCCUUCUUGGGAGGCAAUAUCCACCGAUGCUGAUCCUUGUCCCGUUUGCGAGGCGUUGAUUCAUAUAUCGAAGGAAGACAAACGUGAGAUUCGCAGACAAGCCGAAGAAGAGAAGGCCAAACUGAAGCAUAUGCAUGACCAUGCGCUCACUGGCAACACUGCACUACUUGAGAACGUGCCGUGUGCCAUCGUUCCUGCUCAGUUUGUGCGAUCUUGGCGACAGUGGCUUGUUCGUCCCGGAGAUAUAUCUCGUCCAACGAGCGUCGACAACUCCCAGUUCAUGUGCGAACAUGGACAUCUUUCAUUCGAUCCGAACGAACUUAUCGAUCUAAACUCCUCUGUGGCCAUCAUCAAGCUUACCGACUGGAAUACUGUUGAAGAGCUGUACUCUGGCGGGCCACUGAUAGCUGUCGAGAACUGUGGUGGUAAGAUGGUACACGACAUUCCUGUUUGUACCGACUGUCGCCUCAAGAGGUCCUCCGACUAUGAGUUCACGGAGAUCACUGUCCGCGUCCUCGCUGCUGGCGACCCUCUUCCCAAUGCUGAAAGCUACGCUGAAGCAUUUUCUCACCCACUGUCGAAUUCAUCAUCCCAAGCGACGCUUUUAACGUAUGGAUCUCGCAGCGCUGGUGGCUUGCGACAAUCGAAGCGCAUCCGUCAGGUGAAAGCACAAGGAAAAUGCCACAGAAUAAUCAUCAGCAAAACGAUGGCAGUGAAGGACAUCAAGACUCUGAUCCAAGAAGAACUUGGAACCCCCAUUAUCUCUCAGAGAUUAUUCUACCGUGGAAAGGAACUGGAUGACAGCGCGGCAACAGUUACAUCGCUCGGGAUACUCUCGAACGACGUUGUGGACCUUCGAGAAGUGGAGGAAAUAGUCGAUUUGCUGUCCGAUUCUGAAGUGCAUCAAGAGCGACGGAAGAAUGCACAUGAAGGGCAAGGUUUCGGAGGAACGCUACUCGGUGGACUGGUCACAUCACACGAUAGUAAAGUUCCAGUUUCACCGACCACGACAAGCCCAGCAACCAAAUCCUGUUGUGCUUGCACUUUUGAGAACUCACUUAGUGCUACUGUCUGCACUAUCUGUGAGACUCCCUUCAGGAUACAGUGA